UGCUGGGGCUGAAGUGGGUUCACACGCACUCUGAGGGAAAUCUGUUGGUUCGGGGUGGACUUUGUACCUCUCUUUGUGCGUGCGUGUAACAAUUAAGUGCAGGAGGGAAAGCCCCGCUGUGUUUUCACAACAUUUAUUGCCCUUUCUAGGAGGAACUUGGCAUUGGAGAGAUGCAGCAUCCCGUGCUGUGUGGGCAAAAUGCUGCUGGUGGGAGCUGCGUGUGUCCCAGACACCCCAGCUUCCCUCCAGCCCGUGGCUCCUGGCAUCCCCAGGGGCUCCCAACCCCUCCAUGACCCUUUCUCCGUGCGCAGACCUCGUUCCUCGUGAGCACUGUGUCCCCCAGCUCUGUUUCUCUGGUGUCCCCACGGCCCCUCCUUGUUCCAGCCAGCUUUUUGCUGGAGCUGGUGUCUUUCAGGGGGGAAACGCUCCCGGCUGGGCCUGUGAGGGCUUUGGGGAGGAGCGGGGAUGUCUCCAGGUGGCAUCCAGGGUGGCACCCUGAGUGACCCCACUGGUGCCCAGUGCCGAGCCACUCUCCUGCCUGUGGCGUGAGCUGGGCAGCCCAACAGGAGCUGGGGUGGCAGCCAAGCAGAUGAGAAAGAGCCCUCAAAAAUCACCCCUGGCAGCACAAGGAUGUCUCCCUGUGACUUGUCCCCUCUUCUCCACGUGGCUUUGCCCUCAUCCCCGGGCUGGUGGCACGGCUGCGUGUCCCUCCCCUGUGCUUGCAGAGGGGGAUCCCCCAAACCCUGCUCCUCUUGGGGGGCCAAGGACGGCGCUGGGAGCCCCCGGGGCGCUCCUGGGGGCAGCGAGGAGCCCCCAGCCCAGCGCACGGGGUGGCCGCAGCUCCAGAACCCCGCGAGCAUCCCCGCUAGCGACACCGGGGACCCCCGGGGGGGGGACACCGCGCACCCCCCUCACCGUGUCCCUUCGGGGGCGAGGCAGAGAGCACGAUCACACCCUUUAUGCAAAUCUUUGCGCGGCGAUUGGCCGGGGCGGGGCCGGGUUCCGCGGCCGGGCUAUAAGAUCGGGGGAACAAUGCGCCCGCGGUCCCGGCUCGGGGGCUGGCGCCGGGGUGGGGGUCCCCCCUCAUCCCUGGGGCUGCCCCUCUCCUGAGCGCCCGGUCUUCUCCCGGCCGCCCCCUUCCCCGCGCCGAGAUGGAGCUGGACUCGUACCAGCACUACUUCUACGAUCACGACGCCCAGGAGGAUUUCCACCGCUCCACGGCGCCCAGCGAGGACAUCUGGAAGAAGUUCGAGCUGGUGCCCACGCCCCCGCUGUCCCCGCUGGGCACCCCCGGGGAGAAGGGGUGCUGCUCGGGGGCGGAGGAGCGCCCGGGAUGGCUCUCCCGGUACUGCCUGGCCGGGGAAGAGCCGGAGUACCUCAUCGGGACGGGGCAGAUCUUCGGCAACCUGAGCGCUUUCAUCCUCAAGGAUUGCAUGUGGAGCGGCUUUUCGGCGCGGGAGAGGCUGGAGAAGGCGAUGACAGAGAAACUUUCCACGGGCACGCAGAGAGCCACCCCGCACAAGCCAUCCUUCGCGCAGGAUUUUGGCUUCAGCAGCUCCGUCAGCGAGUGCGUGGAUCCCGCCGCCGUCUUCCUUUGCCCGCUGGCCGAGAGCAAGAUCCCCGCAUCCUCGGGGUCCGAGGGCCAGAGCGAUUCCGAAGGUGAAGAGAUCGACGUGGUGACAGUGGACAAGAGACAGUCUCUCAGCCUGAGGAAGCCGGUCACCAUCACGCUCCGUGCCGACCCCCUGGACCCCUGCAUGAAACGUUUCCACAUCUCUGUCCACCAGCAGCAGCACAACUACGCCGCCCGCUCGCCGCCGGACUCCUGCCCCCCGCCCGAGUCACCCCAGCAGGACCGGGAGGAGGACGAGCCCCCCGGCGCCGUGGAGCCAACCCCGGCCGUGCCCCUGCCCGAGCCUGGCUUGCCAAAACCCAGCAGCAGCCCCGGCUCGGACAGCGAGGACGUGGCCAAGAGGAAAAACCACAAUUACCUGGAGCGCAAGCGGCGCAACGACCUGCGCUCGCGCUUCCUGGCCCUGAGGGACCAGGUGCCCGGGCUCGCCAGCUGCCCCAAGACCCCCAAAGUGGUGAUCCUGAGCAAAUCCUCGGAGUACCUGCAGUCCCUGAUCAGCGCCGAGAGGAGGAUGGCGGCCGAGAAGCGGCAGCUGCAGCUGCGCCAGACCCAGCUGCUCAAACGGAUUGCUCACCUGAAGGGGCACUAGCACCCGGUGCCCCCCGCCCUGCUCCCCACCGACCCCCAGCUCCUUCUCAAUUUGCACAUUUUUUUUAAUUUUUUGGUUGCUCGUGGAACUGCUGGCCCCGGGGACUGGAGCACGUGGCAGUGGGGAUGGGUGCACAGCAGAGACCCCAACAGCCUCACCUGCCUGGGGUUGGCACUGGGUGUGCCAAGAUUCCCCUUGUCCCUGCUGUGAAGCUUCCUCAGUGACUGCUCCAGUUCAAGAGCUCACAUUUAUUCCCCCUCCCUGCCAUUUGCCACCGACGGCAUCCCCGGGAGCCACCCCUGGGCAUCCACCUAAAAACCCCAAGCAACCACGUCUGCCUUGGCUCCUGGAAGCAGGCAGGCUCCGAGCCCAGCACGGGGCUCGCCUCUGGAGAGAUCCCCUGGAGGGGGUGGUGGCAGGAUGUGCCUCUCCCCGGGAUGGACAGCACGCCGUGGGCAGUCCCCUUGCUCGGCUGGACCGUACCUCACUCCCUCGUGUCACUUCACGCAGUAGCUGGUCCUGGAUUUUAUGUUCUAGAAACUGCUGCUGUAACUGCGAGUCUUAUACUGGAGGCUGUGUUUUUAUACUGUAUUUUUGUACCACUUUUUGAGAAGUAUUGCUAAAGAGUUUGCUUUUUUAUAUAUAUAUAAAUAUAUUAAAACUUUUUUUUUUUUUAAAGGGGGAUUUCCUGCUGUGGGGGAGGGCUCAGUCCUGCUGCACUUUAGGGAGAUCAGGAAGGGGCUGGUUCCUGCUGGACCCUUGAGCUGAGUCCUCGCAGAGGCCAUUCACCCCCUUGCAGCUCUCCAAACCACCCGUUUGCAAUAACAGGGAAUUUUAUCCCUUUCCCAUCCUCGUGAGCAUCCUUGUGACCCCUUUUCCCACCCUUGUGAGUUCUCCUUCACCAGCAGCCACUUAAAAUCCCCAGCGAAGCUUUGGGCUUUGCAGAGGGCUGCUCUGCCUUCCCUGUCUGUGCCCUCCUGCUGCCCAGUCUGGGGGGGGCAGAGUCCCCUGUCCCCUCCCAGGGGUGCUGGCAGGGGUGGUCCCACAGGACGGCACCCUGGGGUCCCUGCUGACCUGCUGAGAACUGUUAGAAUUAACACUGUGUGGAUUUAGCACUUUCUUCAUUACCUCAUACUUCAUAAAUAAAUAAGUUUG